UGAGUAAGAGCAACUUUUAACUUGAAAUUUUUGCUCCCGUGUUCUCGCUGUCCUCAACACACACAUUUUCUCUAUCUCCUUCUUCACUCCAUUCCACCGCCGGCGACGUUUCUCCUCUGGUCUGUCACAAGCGCGCAACAACCUUCACGUUCACACACUCGCACGUCGCAAUUCUCCUCUGCUCCUUCACCGGCAAUCAGAGUGGCGAUUUCCCGAUAGCUACGCCAUUUCAUGAUCCCAUGCUUCUCAAAACACCUUUAAAAAAAUUGAUGCUGCCCUUUUAUAUCGGCUCUGUGAGGUGUUGUGCGCACCCACAAGAGAGGGAUGUGCGCGCGCACAGACCCUGCUCUGCGCCCCCACAAGAAAAGCCUCUGCGUCCGCACACAAUUUCCAGACUCACUGCAUCGAAUUUGCUAUUUUUGUGCCCCCACAAGACAUGUCUGUGCGCGCGCACAGACAUGUACCUGAUGUUCAGUUGUUGUUCUGCUCGUGGUUUGGCUAUGUUGUUGUUCUGCUCAGUUGUAGCUAUUGCUGUCAAGGCUCGUAGCUGCAGUGAAUGUUGAACGUUGCUAGCUUGGCCUAUGCACUGCAUUGUGCUCGUGCUCGUGAGCCCACGGGGCUGCUCUGGGGCAACAACUACACGUAUACAGUAGCUUUGUGCACGAUGACUGGUGAAGCUUGAGCAAUGACAAUAAAAGAGGUGCAAUGAAUGUAUUUACACUGACAUGUCCAUAUGGUGUUUUCUAUAACAGAGUUCAAAGCUGUUACAAAGGAAAUAUGUAAGCUGCCAUCCUUCUUCUCUAUCGUCCUUUUCCAAAAGAUUGAUGUCAACGGUACAGAAUUUGUCACCAGUGUUGCGUUGAUGAGGCUAGCUGAGAUGGACUACUGUGGGACUACCAGCUAUAUAAUCAAGAUUUUUAUUGACAAAAAGUAUGCUUUGCCUUAUCUGGUGUUGGAUGCUUUGGUUGCUCAUUUCAUGAGAUUUGUAGAAGACUCAAGGGUUAUGCUAGUGAUCUGGCAUCAGACUCUUCUUGCCUUUGUUCAAAGGUUUUCAAAACACCAAAGGAGGGGCCCUUUAACAAAGAGGAGUUGGAUGAAGUUCGAGACAAGUGGGCUACUUACUUCAACGAUUGGGAACUACCCUCAGUGUAAUAAAUAGAGCAGGCUUGUAGUUAUCCGUGACUCUUGCAUUAUUUUGUUAUUUAUCGAUGUAAUUAAUUACAUUUGAAUUAAUUCGGUAAUAUUAUUGGAAAUUUGAAAAUAAUAUCAUUUUUGAGGAAUGUCAA